AUGGCCUACAGCGCUGUCCAGGUCGAGGAGGUGGCCUCCGACUCGGAGUCUGAGUCUGAUCUCUCCAUCUCCUCGCGCGCUUUUCAACCAUUACCGAAUGUUGAAGACUUUGAACCAUCUCGUCUAGAGUUGACCAGAGCAAACGCCGUGACUCAGCUGGCUGCUAGUGCCAGUGCCAGUGCCAUUUACCGCCCCAUGACUUCCUCCAAAUACGAAGUCGUCGAAGCCGAUGACUACGAAGACGCUGAUCCCUUCCCCAAUCCUUCCGAUGAUCGCCGCCGCAUGCCUCCUCUAAAUACUGCGGUCGCGCGACAUUCUUCUCCCGAACCCGAACCCCCCUUACGAAGUCCAUCCAGUGAUGCCCCUAUCCCUCUCAGUCACCCAACACCAGAUCUGCAAGCGAUUCAAGGAGCCUAUGCGGGAAAUGUAGAGCGAUUGGAACAAAGUGCAGAGCGGUUGAGCUCCACUACUCAAGAUAUUGGUAGUGAGAUUCGCAAAAUGGACCAGGAACAAAAACGACGCCAAUCUUGCAGCUCUGCAUCCAAUUCCAUCAUAAGGAAUGGUGCAUUCUCUUCAGGGCCCAGCAUAGCUAGAUCCUCUCAUGGAUCAACCAGAUCCAGAUCCACACGCCAGCGCUCUGUCUCUGGUGGAUCCUACCUGGCUCAAGUUGCGGAGCCCGACCAUGACCAUGACGACGACAGCGAAUAUCCCCCUCGACUACCCACUCUUCCUGCUCCACAACUUCCUAUCUACAACCCCAGCUCCGAUCACUUUUACAAUGCAUACAAAGAGGAAGCGACCGAGGUGAACGAACCGGUAGAGAUUGAACGCCCCGACACGGCUGCUUCAGGAGACACCUUUCAGCAAGCGCGUACGCUAUUCACCGAUUUCGAUGGCGUUCAUUUUACCCCCUUGGAACGGGCAGAUUCCACACGCAGGCUAUCCCUGAGUCAACCGCCCCUUGCCAAUCAGCCUGAUGCACAUGCAUAUAAGGAGCCCCAGAAUGGUGAACACAUGGUUUACUAUCCUGCGCCGGUCCCCCGCAUGCUGAACCUGCCUCCAAAGUUGUCGCGUAGACCACCAGCUUCUGAGCGUGAAAAGCGUCGCACCCAGAUUUUGUCCUCUAUCGCAGCUGAGGAUAGAAAGUUGGCAGCAGACCAGGAGAGAUUGGGCAACAAGCACAAAGAGCCUAUUCAAUCGGCGCAUCCACCACAACUUCGUGCUAGUGUCUUCUUUGACCCACCAAGUACUGCGAUUGAGUUGGAGGUAAAAGAGGAUUCGGUAGUUGCGACCCUUGACAGCAUCCUCGAUGCUUCGGCACGUGCACCUGUUUCCGCCUUUACGGAUCAUCCCUAUGCAGGACAUGUUGGUUCAUAUGUCUAUGGAAAGAAGCGCAAGAACAACACAAAACACAAGCUACAGAAAAAUUCCCAGUCUUCAAUGGGCCAAUCCCACAGCAAAACCAUAGACGGUGCGUCGCAGGGAUCUGUCCAUUCUGAUGACUUGCAUCAUGAUGAAUCCGAACGACUUCACGAUUCAUAUGACCAUGAAGGCUCAGUCCACUCAAAUGCCGAGGAUGAAGAGCACUCUCCAGUAAGCGGCGAGGAAGAAGAUAAUUCGACUGAUUAUGUUGGUCCACCAAAUACCCUGCUUGCAGAGCUGGAGUUGCGGAAACAAGAGCUUCAACAACGUCGACGCACCUUCAUGCCACAGCAUACCGAAGGAAUGAAGGGGACACUCUUGGAGCUAGAUGAGAUGGCUCAGAAACAAAGCGAGAAGAGACGACGCCGGCCUGUGACUUUGGCAUGGGAUAAUCGCCAUGCUGCUGAUGACGAUGAUGUUCCUCUCGCACUGCUCUACCCUGAGCAGAAGAUUGGCGAAGAUCCAAAUCGCCCGCACGGUCUCAUGGAGAGACGUGAAAUAGAGGAAAAUGAACCAUUGAGUGCUCGUCGUGCGCGACUGCGAGGAGAGCCUCUACCAGAGAAACGCUCUGUCACAAUUCAUACCGCCGAGGUAGCUUCUACCGAAACUCCUAUGGAUAAUGAUAAGGACGAGCCCGAUGAUGAAAUUGAGACACUGGCAGAGCGUUUAAGGCGAUUGAAGGGUCAAAACCCUGCAGACAGCGAGUUCUCCAACAAUCUCUUAGCUGAAUUCGAUAAUCGCUUUGGUAGCUCCCAAGCUGAGUCAACUACCCAGUCAACUACCCAGUCAACCCAACCUCCUCAGCCAGCCCUUGAAGAAACCCUCGCACAGCGACGGGCUAGACUUCAGAAAGAACAAGGCGCCCAGAGUGGUAUUGCAAAGAACCCGCGAACGCGCCAAAGCAUGGCAGCCCUUCCACAAGUUCGACCCACCCAAGUUCCUCGCAGAAAGUCAUCCUAUGACAUUCUCCAGCAUCCCAGUCUCAUGCAGCAAAAUGCCCAUCGCAUGUCCAUGCAGGCUUUGCCAAACACCAACAUGGGAUACCAGGUGGCCGGAUACCCAACGCCCCAGUUCCAGCCUCCACCACCAUAUACCCAAGGAUCCAUCUACCCGCCCCCAUAUGCGUACAACCAUAUGCACAAUGCAGCAUAUCCUCCUACAUGCGGCCCAACCAUUCGGCAACCCGUCAAUCCAGCGCAACGAGAUGUUAUCGAUCGCUGGAGACAGAGCAUUCGCUAA